AUGCGUUCUAUCUUCCUCGGAACGUCCCUUUCGCUCGUUUACGCAGUCAGCGUUACUGCUGUCCCUGGUUCCAGUGCUAAAGCUUCAUCUGCAGUACCCUCUGCAACUCCUAUCUUUAAGGUACAGAACCUGGCCGCCGCAGCAGACACAACCUCAUCGUCCGCAUUGUCUUGGAAGGAAGCCAAGUGCACUACCGACAUCACCGACGCGACACUGGAUCCCACUGCUCGUUGGGAGGCAGCCAAAGCCGACGAUGCCCUGAACGAAGCCCUAGAUGCCUGGUCUACUUCCGGUGCCGCCAGUGGCCUGGGAUUCCCCGAGUUCAUCGGCAACUACUUCACCGGUCCGGACAACUGGAACUGUGGAGAUAUCGGCAACACUCCUUGCUCCACCGUGAUGACCUGUAACCAGGCCGACUAUCCCGCUGGGUGA